AUGAUAUACUACGAAGGUGACUGGAUAGAUCUCUUAAUUAAUACGUCUCAAGAGGAAAACGUGCCUUAUUUGGAAACAAAGGAAAAAAACAAGGUACAAGAUAUAGAAACGUCAAUUAAAAAAAAAAUCAAUAUUCUUAGUGAUAUUAUUAUACAUCAAGAGUACCAUGAAGAAAAAGUUAAUAAAGCUACUGAACAGUUAAACUUAAGUAUUGAAGAUUCGAUUGAAGAAGCAGGAAAUCUAGUGUUCGAAAAAGUUACGUUUAAAGGAAAUGAAGAUGAUAUAAUGAACUGCGACGAAAUCUUAAUUGACGACGAAAAAGAAAAUAUUUGCCCGUUUGAAGACGAAGUGAAAGAGAGAGAUAUGGAAGAAAAUGAAAAAGACAUCACAACCCGACUACAAACAUCACCGACAACUGUUACAAGUAUUCCGGAAAAUAUUCCGACACCAUUUAAAUCAGCGUUGUUUUGGCCUGAAAUUUCAAAAAAAAAUUCACAAUCAAAAAGGUCAAAGGAAAAAAUUCCAACUGUAGUGACUUCGGUCCAAUGGAAGGAAUACUAUCAAAAAAAAGAAGAAGAAAAAAAGAGAAAAGAUUUUGAAUUGAAUGAACGAAAACGAAAGAGAGCAGAAAAAGCAAAGGAGAAGUUAUUAAAAAAAAAGAAAACAACUACCAAUGAACAAAAACCAGAACCAAAAAUAAAUGUUACCAACCAGACUCUUGAAAAUAUCACUUAUAAAAAAGAUUCUUUUGUGAUAGUAAAAUAUGAUGAAGACUAUUUUCCAGGAAAAAUACUAAAUGUGACGGACAAACAAGUGAGAGUGAAUGUUAUGUUAAAAAGUAGUAGGAAUGGAUGGAAGUGGCCAAAUACACCAGAUGUACUGUGGUAUGAAAAAAUGGAUGUGAUGAGAGAAAUUUCAGAACCGACAAAACUUAAUAAUAGAGGAAUUUACGCAGUUGAAGAAAUGAAACAUUAUGUUGAAUAA